UAGCGCUUCACACGUAAGAGGCGAGCGGACAUUGUGGUUUUAGUUUCCUUCUGAAACAUAAAAACAAUGGCUUCAGUCACAAUUCUCUUCCUGACUUCAUUUUUUAUUUUCACCUCUCAGAGUGAAAUAUGUUCUCUGUACUACACCUAUAGUACCGUAUCGAAAUCUCGGAUUUCAGAAUUUCACCACUCAGUUGAAAUCAAUGACAUAGAGAUGAGUUUCUGUAAGAGUGUGAAUAAAGCAGAUUUCUUGACUCAGUUGUGUGAGGAAUCUAAGAGACUCUUUAGAAAUGAAACUGAUGAUUUGAAUUAUAAAAGAGAGUGGCUUCAGAUCAACAUAAAUGCACUGAUGGAAGCAGGAAAUGAAAACGUGACGAACGACACAGAUCUUCAUGUUCUUCAGUGGAGACACGGCUGUGCAGUUGAACGUCACUCUAAUGGUUCAAUAAUAUUUCUUCAAGGAACUGAUGAAUACGCCUAUGAUGGAGAGACUUUGACCUUUAACCUCUCUGUGCCCUGGAAACCUUUGGUCCUUGAGCACGACAUCAUCUGGAACAGAGAAUCAGUUUCCAGUCUGGAGAGGAAAUGUGUGGAAACAUUAACCAGCUUCUCUGACCUUCAACAAGAGGGAAAGAUCAUCACAGCAUCUCAUCCUGAGGUUUACUCUUCUGUAAAAGUGUCUGGAUCAUCAGAGCAGCAGAUUCUGGUGUGUUUGGCCACAGGUUUCUACCCUAAACAUGUGCAGAUGGAGAUCAGACGUGAUCAGACGCCAGUACCUGAGGAGCAGCUGAACUCACAUGGACUCAGACCAAACGCAGACGGAUCCUUUCAGCUGAUGAAGAGUCUACAGAUCCUGCCGUCUGGAAGAUCUCACUAUCAGUGUGUGGUGAAGCACCAGACUCUGACUGAACCACUCAUUAGCAGCUGGGGUAACGAUAAUGAGGAUGAUGAUAAAGAUGGAUCGAAUGUCCUGCUGCCGGUGGUCAUUGGAGUUGUAGUUGCUUUAGUUCUUCUUGCUAUCAUUGUUCUUGUUUUUUAUCUGUUGAGAAAAUAUGUUAAAUAUCGAAGAUCUCUGGAGACACAAUCACAGGAUGAUCUGAGAUUGAGACCAGAAACACAUGCGGAUUUGGCUGCUGUUUUCAAUGAUUCUUCACAUGAUGAAAACUCCUCAGAUGACAGUCUGGAGGAUGUUCAGACUGAGGAGCUUCAGGAAACUCAAAGUCUUUGUGAUGCUAAAGAGCAUCCAGCAGGAGCUCCUACAGCAGCUCGAGGUGCAAUGGGUUCUAAAAACUCUAUGCCUAAUUUUGCCAUGGAGAGAGAAGACCCCGAUCAGAACACUGUUACCCAGAAUGCACUGCUGUUACCACUGCCAACAGAGGGAAGCAUGAAUCUGUGUGAGAGUCCAGAACCUUUACAAAACCCCUGA